AUGCGCCAGGACCCAUUAGAUCAAAUCCACGAGCCGGACGGCAACCUGCCCACUGAGAUCGGCCCCACCGGAAGCGAUGACGCGAGGUCGCAAGGCUCGUCCCACUUCCAAGGGUCUCACGCUGGCGGGGAGAGGGGGAGUCCCGCACCGCCGCCCAGGCCUGAGGUUCUCUUCCUUGAGGAGGCCGUUCCUCUGAGGGACAGCAUCAUGUGGAAGUUGCAAAGGGAGUACUACACGGCGCACCACGUGCAGUGCUGGGAGAAGAUGGUGGUGCCGUGCUUCGUCACCUCCAACUCUUUCAUCGCCAACGCCUACGCGAGAAUCCUGGUCGGUUUCAUGCGGGACUGGUUCCUCUUCAGUGGGCGCGCCGACCAAUCAGAGCCGCUGCUGAUCUUAGAGAUCGGGGCGGGUCACGGCAAGUUCAGCUGCCUGGUGCUGCAGCAUCUCCUGGAGAUGCGAGAGUUCCUCCCGACUCUCGCGCCAAAAGGCGGCGGAACUCGGAUAGAAGGCCAAGGGGGCGAAGUGAACGCACCGGGGCACAGCGAAACCAGCGGCGGAAGCGGCGGAACUGUGGGUGAAACUGCCGACCAAGAUUCGCGAACAGCAACCACCGACGGCGCUACCGCAGUGCCCGACGAGGGAGAAAGGCGGCCAGAGGGUGCUAAAAGAAAAGGGUCGGCCGCCAGUCGACAAGAAAGUGAAACCGUCGGCGACAGAAGUGCCGGUUCGUCGAAGGCGGAGGAUAAGGGUGCGCAGGCGUGGAAAGGGAGCGAGGCCGCGGACGGACUCCCUUUCCGAUAUGUCGUCACCGACGUGGCCCAGGGUACUCUGGACUACGUCCGACGUCACCCCUCGAUGCAGGGUUUCUUGAAGAAGGGCGUGUUGGAGGUGGCGCUUCUGGACGCGGAAGACCCAAGCCCCCCGAGCACGUUGCUGCUGCAGGUGUCGGGGCAGGUUGUGGACCUCAAGUCUGCGAAGAAUCCGGUGGCGACGGUGUGCAACUACGUGUUCGACUCUCUCCUGCAGGACGCCUUCCGGUUGAAGGGGAAGACCUUGUAUGAGAACAGGGUGACCAUCACCGCGACAAAGCCCCUGCCGGAGAAUUUGGCCGAGCUAUCGCUCACGGCACUUCAAGGGCUGGGGUUGCAAUGGGAACACCGGCGGCAUGCGUUGACAGCCGAGAGGGCUAGAGCAUACUACGCAGGGGUAGCGACCGGUACGGGACUAGCCCGGGACACUCAGGCGACCACCUUGAAGGGGGAGGCCGUACAGGGAGGGGACGGAGGGGACGCCGGAACCGCGUCUCCGAGACGCCAGGCUUCACGGGAAGACGAAGAUGUACCUACAGACGGCGGAGUUCAAGGAGGUCAAGGCGGUGUGGAAAACGCGGGUGAUGACGGUCAAGAAAAGGGCGAGGACGAAGCCGGCAGAACAUCGAACAGCGCACCAGACAGCGGCGCAACAGAAAGCGGCUCAACAGAAAGCGGCGCGACAAAAAGCGGCGCAAAAGGUGACACUGCCGGGACGACGUCCGUGCUCGAAGGACAGGAUGAUGCUGGUGCUGGUAACAGUACCGGUGCAGUGGUCGAAGAGAACUUGCCAUCAGCGAGGAGCCCGGAUUCUGAUUUCGACGAUCUGCUCGCUUCGUACGUGGACGGAGCGGAGGAGGGGGACAGCGGAGUCUUCGGCAAGACGGGGGGCUCCCUGCUCAUGCCACUCGGGGCCUUGCGGCUAUUGAGGCAUCUGUCGUCGCUGUCCGGCGGGCGAGGCUUGGUGCUUGUCGGGGACAAAGGCUACAUGAAGGACGAAGAAAUGGCUGGGGACAGGGACCCCCACAUCGCUUACCACGGCUCGCUCUCGUGCAUGGUGAACCUGGAUGCGCUCGCGCGGUACACGCACCAGAGGGGGGGCUGGUCGCUCUCGUCCCCGUACAUGGAAGGCUUCAAGUGCCAGGCGUUGGCGUUCGGCAUGGAGGAGGAAGCUCUGCAAGAGACUCGAUUCGCCUUCGAGGGCUCCAUGCAGGCUUUCGGGCCAGAGUCGUUCAGCAUGCUCCAGAGAGCGGUGAAGGACGAGGUCUCCCAACCCAGCCUGGGCCUAGUGGUGCAGCUUCUCCGUCUGUCUAGACUGGACCCGGACGUGUUCAUGAAGUUUCGAACAUCGGUUGUCGAUCAGGUCUCGAGCCAGGAGCUUUCGCCUUCGGUCUGGGAAGACCUCAAGAAGGACACAACGGCCAUUGCCCAACACUGCUACCCCUUGCAGCAGGGUAAGGAUGUGAACUUUGAGGCCGCCCGACUUCUCAUGGCUCUGAAGGACUUCGAGGCCGCUCUUGUCUUGUUCCGCCGUUCCGACAGCGUGUCCGGAGAGCACCAUGUCACUUGCCACAACAUGGGCAUGAGCUACUUUUACCUGGGAAGACUGAGGGAAGCGAAGGAGUGCUUCGAACGCAGCCUUGAGCUCGACGAGACGUACGAGGACUCCAUCCGGUGGCUCGAGCAUGUGCAGCGGAGCUUGGCGCCCCCUUCCGUAGCCACGCCAGUGGCGGGUUCGGGUGCGAGACUAGGCAGCGUCGGGACAGAGCCGCGAGACCCCGCCACGCCCAGCGGUGGGAGCGCUGCCAGCAGUAGCAGCGGCAGGACGCCGGUCAGCCAGUUGGAAGGAAACCUCAACACGCUGUCUAUCUAGCGCCCCAAGCGCAACAACGUAGUUGAAUUGUAGCAGUAGCGUGCGUGAAGAAGGGGCCGACCGUGAUCCCUGGAUACUGGUAAACAUCUCUAAACUUG